CGGAACUCAGCAGAGGCAAUAGACCAAGUCGUGAUUUUGUCAUCUAGAUUCUAGUAUCUAGGCUUACACUCUGAACCGUCGCGAACUGUGUUGAUCAACAUGCUCAGAUUUCUCGUCUUCGCUUUGCCUGUAGCCGCUGUGUUGUUGGCUUUGGCCGUCACAGCUCAGCCUCCCGAUAACGCUAGUGGUAACAUCUGCUGUCAGAGAGACCUGAUUAACUAUACUGUUCUUUCCGAGAAUGGCACAUCGGCAGGAGGGAAAGGCGUCAGGAGAUCCAUUAAUGCGAAAUUCAACCUUGACUUCCCCAAGACUCGACUUUCAAGCAAAGGCUCCAUGGUCAUCUUCGAUGAAAGCGGAAUCAAAAACAUCGAGUUUUGGGUAAUCACUAAGUCCGACAAAUCCAUUGCCAUCGACGAGGCCCAGAAGUCGUGCGGUCAAAUCCCUCUCGUUUGGUUUCCAAGGUUCUGCGUGCCCUCCACAGCCCAGAAAGUGGGAUCCUACUCAUACGGACCUGCUGGUCAAACUUUCCAGACGGACGCCUACAAGUUUCGUCUCGGCGAUUCUGAUUUCUUCGCCACAAUAGCUCCUGACUGCACCAUCAUCAAUCUGGUCCAGGCUGUUACUUCUCCAAAUGGGGGUUCCCUUGUUAGCAGCGUUCUGACUGACAUUCAACCUACAGUAGACGAGAGCGCUUUUGAACUACCCCCUUAUUGUAAGGAGAGCUUCGAUUCCACUGUUGCCUAAAAAGAACAAAUGAAUCCUGAUUCCUGAUUGCUGUCAUUACAGUUUGCCUUUGUGUGUUUUCUGUACAAAAUUGAUUAGUUUUUUCUUUGUUUGUUGUUGGUUUUUUGUUUUUUUUGUUUUUUUGUUUUUUGUGUUUUUUUCCCAACAAAAUGUGUUUUCUGCUCUAUCUGUCACUAUUUUUUGGUUGAUUUCUUUGUCUUUGAGCAUUAGAAGUAUCUUUAUAAAAUUGUCUUUGGAGAGUUUGGGGCAAACGAACCUUUGCUUUGUUAACAUUUAUGAAUUUGUUUUUUUUUAUAAGUAAAAAUGUUUGGAAUUAUAUUUCUUAGAAUGUAUUUGCAAAUAAGAGCCUUGGGAAAGAAAGAAAAACAUUAAACUGAUACCAGAAAUA